GUUUUUCAUGAGCCGCAUGCCAUCCAUGUCUUGGACCUUUAACUUCACCUCCACCUCAUCCACAAUGGACAUCUUCCUCCUGCGUGUACAAGUAUCUAGUGGUUUUCUAGAAGGCUUGUUCCAUCACAUCAAUCUAGGUACUCUGCACAUGUGUAGUCUGGCUCGAAUAGGCAUGAAUGACACUCACUCCCCUCCACAUCUCCACCUACACACCUCGUAGGUCAGAGAAGAGAAGACCCCGCCACAGACUCACAAAACCCUCAAGGUAGGCAGACCGAACGGAUGAAUUGUGUGUGGUUGUGGCCUUGAGCUGGUACAUCCCAGCCUUGCCCGAUGUUGUACAAAACGGAUGGCAAUGUUGAGUUCUGUUUCAAGGAGGCAACCGGGAUUUAAAUACACUAGGAUCAUGUCAAGCAAAGCAGAAGAAAAGGAACUCAUCGCAGAGCGUUUGCCCAUCUCCCCACCUUCCCGUUCACCUGGGUCUUGGUGGCUUUGGCUCUAGGCUUGAGGUGGAGAAGGAAGGCGCGAUGGAUGGAAGCUUUGAAUGGUUUUCCAGUUUGUGCUCCUGCCAAUCCUGAAGGUAAGCAAACGCGAUGAAUAUUACUGGCUAAGGGGGUGCUCGGCUUUCCAAGCCCAUGCCUGCGACCUUCAGGUGAGUCUGCCUGGCUCCGGAAUCUAUGGCUGUCUCCGCCGAAAUCGUCAGCGACUUGACUGCUCCGUCAUAAUUCAUAAUAAUAAAAAAGCCGAGCAAGCUCGCUAGCGUUGUUUCUGUAAUCUGGAUGCCAUCUUCAGGCCUCUUCCUUCAUCGCUAUUCGACAUGAGCACCACACCCCCAUCAAAACCACCCCCGGGCUUCUCAGGCCCACCACAACAACAGCAGAGUCCACCUUAUGGUGAUAAUGAUGAUGAGGGAAAGGGGAAGCAGAGAGUUUUGCCUCGUAACCUCGCGCUGUCAAAUUACGAUCCCCAGGCCGUGCCCGUACGUCCGCACGAUAUGAGCAUCCCACUCUCAAGCCUCACAGCCUACCAGCUCAGACCUCCAGUUCGACUUUCCCGCGCCUGGAGGCCAAACUGCCACCAUUCCGUCAUGUCAACACUGUACCAGGUCAACGAGCGAUUCAAGUGCGAUAACUGCAAGAGGUCUCACCCAUUUGGGUGGCUGUAUCGCUGUGUCAUGGACCGAGAACCUCUGAUUAUUGGGAUAAAAGAACUCGGUUUCCAGAUUGCCUUUGAUCAACUGGGCCACAACUUUUCCCAGCAAAUGACACUCGGCAAACACGGCGCAGACGCACGAACCGAAAAGUACAGCUUCUUGGACGAAAUAUCACAGGAGCAACUCUGGAACUACACUCCAGAAGAGUUGAAGGAGAUUCUCGCCCAACGCGACCACAUCCUGGACGUGAUAACUAACGAGCGUCUUCGGGACCAGGACUUCAACAAUCAGUACGGGUUCAAAUACCCCGAUGAUGACCGUCCUUGGAUGCCGGACCCCAAGUAUGAGUGUCAGCACAAAGUCUGUCACAGAUGCCACCCUAUCGGUAGACAAAAGUCUUGGGUUAGUCUGGAUGGUGUUCUGAACGGAGAUAUACCUCCCACUGUAGCCACUGGGUAUUCGUUCAGCCAAGUGAAAAUGAGGCCAUGUGUCGAUGUGGAGACUGUAAAGAACUUGGGAUGUCGGCCUGUUCCACUGCCCCGUGGCCACAAAGCCCGUGCCCCUGUCACUUCUUCUUCUUCUUCGGUCUCACCCAACGAGAUCAUUGAUGACCACGUCAUGACGGAAUCGACAGGCAUGGUUUACGAUCAGGAUACCGGGGAUCUGAUUGCCUCCAUCUCGACUUUUGGCCCUCCGGUACUAGCCUCGCCACCAAUAACAGCCGAGCCAGUCUUCUCCGUCGACUUGGAUGGCCUAUGGACUCGUAUCACGGCCCCGGGCUACACCACUUCCGUCAAGGAUGACGAUACCGAAUCUGAGACUGAUCUGUCCUCAUCCUUUGAACACGCCGAGCACAACAAAACAGAUGCGGAAGAGGCCAAUGGGAUGGACAUCUUUGGAUCUGAACCUUUGGAGGUUAUCGAGGGGGUGGCCUUGACCGAGGAGGCUGUUGAGUUCGGGACUGCAGACAUUGUUGUCACAACAACAGCCAAUGGCGUUGCAGAUACUACAGGGCUGACAACCCCCACUCUGGGGGUACCCCCGGGUUUGAGCCCCAGUUCAGGAAUGUCCAACGAGCAGUAAUGGGGGAGGCAUUCACAGCUGAAUAUCUUACGUUGUAGGAGCAGAAGUAGUAGAGCGAGUGGAACAGCCAGUGGGCUGAACUAGCUGUGUUCCAUGCAUAAAGGUUAUGUCAUUUCUUUUUCUCAAAUGGCAAUUUGUUCACCCCUUGUCAUGUUGGGUUAUAGGGGCCGGAUCUUUCAGCGUAUGGGGGAUACCCUUUCUACAGCGUUGUAUUUCUCGCUUUGGGUGGCUAUUUGCUAUGAAUGAUUAGGCAGAGCCCCUUGCUUGUUUUUUAAGAUGACAGACAACAAUCGAUAAUGCAAUAUGCCAC